CCUGGCAACGCACAAGCCUCCGACACUGACGCUCCCUGUAAAUGACCGUUAUUUGUUGAAAACACGCCUUCAAUUUCGGCUAGACAGGAGGAGGGAAAAAAAGUAGAGUGGAUGAUGGGAGACUUUGCAUUCGUUCCUGAUGUUUCGACUUCUUCCGUGGACUUUUCUUUUGAUGCCAGCCUACUGUUGGCGAAUAUGCGGGAACAUUUAAAUGGCGCGUGCGCACUCACGAAUGCGGUACAACCGUUCAGCAACGGCGCGCAUGCGCAGCACUCGUGCUGCCCUUCCUUCUCCCGAUAUGCUCGUGACCGAUUCCCCACACUGGCCCGCAGAUGGCUCUGCAACAACAAACCUGUGCACAUCCUUCGAAACUCAAGAAAAGGUAACAAAUACAAUCCCAUCUCACGUGACAGCGAGGAUUCCUUUGCAGGUGUCAGACGUACGACGUCGGGGGCGGGGUGAAGGACGCCUUGACGUUAAGAACGCGCCUGUCUCCGGAUUCCAAAUCAGCUGUUACGGGGCAUGAUGGCGCGCUAUUUCCAGAGAAGCUGCUGUGGGCAUCGGGGAGAAGGACUGAAGGCGACCAGAGCGAUCGUCCCAGGGCAGUUCCUGUACUCCGCUUCGCCCUACGCUUACAUCCCCUCCAAGAAAGCCAUGGGCUCCGUCUGUGAAUACUGCCUUUCGAGGAAGGAAUCACUGUUGCGUUGUUCCCAGUGCAAAAUGGCAAGAUACUGCAGUACCAUCUGCCAGAAACUAGCUUGGCCGGACCACAAGCAUGAAUGUAAGUGUUUGCGAAGCAUCUAUCCAAAAGUUCCAACAGAUAUGACCAGGCUUGUGGCAAGGAUAAUCUUCAAAAUGCUGACUGGAUUGCCCUGUUCCUCAGAAGAAUUGUAUUCCAUGUCUGACCUUCAGUCCAAUAUCAAAGGGAUGAGCGAAGAAAUGAAAGGAGGCCUUGGGCAACUUACAGCCAUGCUGCAAUUUUAUAUCAAAGAGGAAAUUCCCAAUGCAUCCCAGCUGCCUCCUGGUUUAAGUCUCCUUCACCUCUUCGGUCAAGUAAAGUGCAACUGCUUCACCAUCAGCGAUGGGGAGAUGCAAGAAAUCGGUGUUGGCCUCUAUCCCAGCAUGUCUUUGCUGAACCACAGCUGUGACCCAAACUGUGUGAUUGUCUUUGACGGAAAACAACUCCAGCUUCACGCAAUUCGACAGAUUCAAGCUGAUGAAGAGCUGACCAUUAGCUACAUUGAUGUGAUGGCAACCAGCGCAGAGCGUCGGAGACAGUUAGAGACGCAGUACUGCUUUACAUGCGAUUGCGAGCGAUGUGAAACAGCUGACAAGGAUUCAGACAUGCUGGCCGGUGAGCAACGUGCCUGGAAGGAAAUCAAAGAAUCAAUUCCGAAAGUGGAGGAACUGCAGUCUGCAGGAAACUGGGAAGAGGUGGUGGAUGUGUGCCAAGCUUUUAUCGAUAAGAAUCGAGAUGUUGUCCCAGACACAAACCUCUAUCUGUUGAAGAUGCUGGAUGCUGCCACAGACAGCUGUAUUCACCUUGCCCGCUGGGAGGAUGCCCUGUGCUACAGCGUCAGGACCCUUCGACCCUAUCAGUUAUACUACGUUGGCUCUCAUCCUGUCAGAGGAGUGCAACUCAUGAGAGUGGGCAAGCUGCAACAUCAUCAGGGCAAGCUGAAGCAAGCAGUAAACACACUAAAGCAGGCGUUCGACAUUCUGACGGUGACUCAUGGAAGAGAACAUCCCCUGACUGACAACCUGCAGCAGGUCCUGGCAGAGUGUGAGGCUGAAAUCAGCUGUAGGCCUCAACAGAUGUGAACACAUUGAUCAGCCCAUUGAUUAUGUGUGUAUGUGUGUGUUAGUGAGAGUGUGCAGGUGCAUAUAUGAGUGUGUGUGAAAAUGUACAUGCAUGAGAGAGAGUGUGUGUGUAUGUGUGUGAGAAUGCAUAUGUGUGUGUGUGUUAGUGAGAGAGUGUGUGUGCAUGUUUGAGAGUGCAUGCGUGUGUGUGUGUGUUAGUGAGAAGAGAGAGUGUGUGUGAGAUUGAGAGAGAAGGGGUGUCUGUGUGAGUGUGAGAGGGUGUGUGUGUGUGAGAGGGUGUGCGUGUGUGUGAGAGGAGGUGCGGGUAUGGGAGAGGGGGUGCGUGUGUGUGUGUGUGUGUGUGUGUGUGUGUGUGUGUGUGUGUGUGUGUGUGUGCGUGUGUGCGUGUGUGUGUGUGUGCAUGUUAACCCAUACCGAUAAAAUCAGACUGCCUGGUCACUGACACUGUGUGUGUGUGUGUGUGUGUGUGUGUGUGUGUGUGUGUGUGUGUGUGUGUGUGUGUGCGCGCGCGUGUGGGUCUGUGUGUGUGUGUGUGUGUGUGCGUGUGCGUGUGCGUGUGUGCGUGUGGGUCUGUGUGUGUGUGUGUGUGUGUGUGUGUGCGUGUGUGUGUGUGUGUGUGUGCGUGCGUGUGGGUCUGUGUGUGUGUGUGUGUGUGUGCAUGUGGGUCUGUGUGUGUGUGUGUGUGUGCGUGUGCGUGUGCGUGUGCGUGUGCGUGUGCGUGUGUGUGUGUGCGUGUGUGCGUGUGGGUGUGCGUGUGGGUCUGUGUGUGUGUGUGCGUGUGCGUGUGUGCGUGUGGGUCUGUGUGUGUGUGCGUGUGCGUGUGCGUGUGUGUGUGUUUGUGUGUGCGCGUGUGUGCGUGUGCGUGUGUGGGUGUGUGUGUGUGCAUGUUAACCCAUACCGAUAAAAUCAGACUGCCUGGUCGCUGACACUAUGUGUGUGUGUGUGUGUGUGUGUGUGUGUGUGUGUGUGUGUGUGUGUGUGUGUGUCUGUCUGUCUGUCUGUCUGUCUGUCUGUGUUUAUGGAGCACACAUUGUCUGGAUUUCCUGUGCCUCCAGUCUAGGCCAAAGCUAAACUGUAGCAACAGUUGGUGUGACAUUGUCUAAAAGCUGAUGGCGACUAACUGUGUUAAAUUGGGUCGUGAAUUAUGGGUGAUAGUUGAAGUGGCCCGCACCAAUCAGGAUCCGCAAUGGUUGUGGAUGAACUCUGCAUCACAUACGAGUCACUGAGCUGUGCGCAUCCUUUGUUUGUAACUCCAUGUGGUAAACAUAGAUCAAUCAUCCUGCAGAUUGAGAUUACAUUUUCUCCUUUUGGGGCCCAGCCACCAUCCUGGGUGUUCAAUUUGUUCGAUAUUUUCACGACGUCCAGCCAAUGUGAUCACCUUGAGAUCCUUCAGCUCCCAGGACGUGUUUGGUACCAGGGGUUGCUGGGUAGUGGGGGGCAUGGUGAAGAUUCACCCCAAGUGAAUUACAUCGACCUUCGGAGCUAGUAUCAUGACAUUGUUUCUUCUGGAUACAAAUAAACUAAUAACAUGGAUAGACACAAUCAUGUACUUCUUUCAAGCAUCAUCGAUGUCAGAAACUGUGGCAUCACCCCUACAAUGAGAGAUCUUCAUAACUUGUAGCCCCUUUAUCAGAUUCAUUCCUGUGCUUCUCUGUUCUAAUGAGGAAGCUCCCACUUUCUCUUCUUUCCACAUGAAUGAAGCCUGUCGGUCCUGGAAGGUUUACUCUCAGUGAAUCUCUCCAACACUGCCUGGAAGGCCUUGACAUCUAUUUGGUACAGGAAAGUCCUUCAGUGGACACCGACUGCUCUGCAGUGCCUCUUAAAAGUGGAUUAAACUCCUACGCUGCAGGGAGAGAGUGAGCAGCAAUGGGCAUUUUUUAAAUUCAUUAGGUGGGGCAGCAUUUAUUGCCCAUCCCUAAUUGUCCAGAUGGCAGUCAAGAUUCAACCACAUUGCUGUGGGUCUGGAGUCACACGUAGACUAAAUCAGGUAAGCAUGGCAGUUUCCUUCCCUAAAGGACAUUAGAAGAACCAGAUGCGUUUUUCCUCACCAUUGACAAGGGACUCAUGGUCAUCACAUGACUCCUCAUCCAGAUUUUUGCUAAAUUCAAAUUCCAUCACCUGCUGUGGCAGAGUUUGAACUCCGGUCUCUAGAACAUUACCUGGGUUCUCUGGAUUAAUAGUCCAGCAACAAUACCACGAGGCCAUUGCCUCCCUGAUUAUCCUAAUGCGACCCUCACUGAACCCAGAAGACCAAGUUGACUUUGUUUCCUCAUUCAUUACCUCCCUCACCCUCCACAGUCAAUGGCGUUACCCCGUCUAUCCUCCACCUCCGAGUGUUUAACCCCUUUCAGUGCAAACAGACCGGAGGGAAUCUGACUGCUUCAUGGACUGGAGAGCCUUGUUGUCACAUUGAGGAAUAAUCCAGGCUCCACUGGGCCAUGAAGGCAGAUGAGGAGACAGCAAAAUAACCUUCUGUUGCCUGUUCUGCCAUCGUUUCCUGCUUUCUGUCUCCUCUCCUACACACAGGGGUCACAUUCAUGAUUCUCCAAGAUUUCUUUCCUCUUGCGUUGCAAUGCAAUAAAGACUAAAACCAUCGUUUCCUGGAAAACAGAACACAAGAAUGGACAGCGAACAAAGAGUUGGCCAGAAAUGCAUGAAGAUUUUAAUUUGGAGAAGAAUACUGAUGAGAAAUCCGGUGUGCAUUUAUAACCUGGUGUGUCAUGUGGCAACUCUGAGCUCAUUGCAGCUUCACUGCCAGUUCUGGAUGCCAGUCGGCAAUGUUUUUGUCUCUGACCGUCAAAUGAUUAAUGUGGUCGCAGCUGCUCACAGUCCUAUCAUCAAUUGUUGAUAAUGGUGGAACCUUUUGAGGGGGGCUGUAGUCUAAAUUGCAUUUUCACCUGCGCUGUGAUGGGGAGGGAAAAGUAGCAACAAAGAGGAUCGAUGUGUUGUGUGCUCUCUCUGCCCAACCCAUUCAUCAACACGUCCUUAUGCUCAGUGCUCCACUAUCACUUGCUUUCAUACUUAGUCUUUUGUAGCUUGUAGGCACCUCUGGCAGAGACAAUGUUCGUGGCCCAUUUCUAACUGCCCUGGAGUAGUCUGCUGAGACCAGUUAAGAGCCACAAUUCAGGGUCACAUGUAGGCAUGACCAAGAAAAUACCUUCCCCCUCUAGAGGACAUUUUUAUUAAUGACCAACGAUGAUGGCUUCAUGAUCACCAUUACUGAAACUUGCUUUACAUUACAGAUGUUUUAGCUUAGGUCCAAUUCUACCAGCUGCCAAACUAUGUUGAAAUCACAGACCAUUACCUCAGAUCACUUGUAGACUGACUGAACCUUUUAUUAAAAAAAAGACAACAAAUAAAGGAGAUACAGUGAAAAGGUAACCAUGCGUGUGAACCCAGUGGCUAUCUGGAGAGAAAUUCUAGAAUGUCACAUCUUGAAAGAGUCAGGCAAACUAUAACCUCAAAAGGAAUAGAUUAUGAGAGGCUGACUACCCAAGCUCUCUCAGCAGGCCAUAUCCUGAAAGUGCAUUCAUGUUUACUACAUUUCUGAAGAAGGGUCCCGACCCGAAACGUCAGCUUUCCUGCUCCUCUGAUUCUGCCUGGCCUGCUGUGUUCCUCCAGCUCUACACUGCGUUAUCUCUGACAACAGCAUCGGCAGUUCUCACUAUCUCUAUGUUUCACCUUUCCAGGAUUAGACAAACCGUGGUGUUAAAGGCAGGUUUCAAACCUCAUUUGUUCAUGGUCUGAUGUCCUAAUGCAUGAACUCUGUGCUGUGAAGGCCGCAGCAUUGAGAAUAGCCAUUAAACUCCCUCUCACUGUAGGUCAAGAAAGGAAAAAGAAGUCUCUCACUUACCAGCCUAAGUUGAGAAAAAACUAGGACAAAAUAAUUUCAGUCAAUGAGCAAAGUAAAGAAUCUUGAACUCAGCUGUUCAGCUACCACCAUCAGUGUUACUGGUAGCAUCUAACAGUCUACAUACUUCAGAGGCAAGUCACAAACAGAUACUUAUCUCACUUUUUAAUAUUUAUCUUAUUGUGGGCUCACAUCAUAGCAUCAUACAGUACAGAAAGGCCCUUGGGCCCAUUCUUCCUCAUCUGCCUGUAUGUGAGUUGUGUCAUUAUUUCUUUGUGUGUUUAGUAGUUAAUA